CCUGCCCUCCUUCCUGUUGCGUAUGCCAUUGAACUUGUCCAUAUAUUGCCACCUCCUACCUUGCACACAUCCACUUUUGCUUGCUGUCCCCCAUGGCCGACAAACCCACCGCCGACGCCAGCCACGCAACCAGGCUUCCAACCACAGGCCCGGCAUCUACCACGCCCUCUGAAGCGCCAGGCAGCCUGACGCCUAGUGCCUCGUCAAUCCUGCGUGUGCUCCUGCCCUCGCUCACACGGCUAGACGAGCAGCUCGAGUCGGUAUGGUCAAAGCAGGAUGUGCUGAACGAGGUGCUGGACAGAAUCGCUGGUGAGCUCGAAUUGUUCGACGAGCUCGUGGUUCCACCAGGCGCCAACGGCGACGAUCUGCACCAGGCGGUAACCAGCAAGGAGCCAGCUACCAUGGGGCUGCGGGCGGCUGCGCGCUUGAAGGACUCCAGGGCCCGGAUUGCUGCCAUUAACGUGGUGCUGAAGCGCGUCAGGACACGGCUCGACAACGUCGCCAUGCUGGCACAGGCCAAGGCUCUGCAGAACCAGCAGCAGGCGCAGUCCACCACGAGGUCUCAGGGCCAUUAGCCAUGCUUGCCACUCUUUCUAUCUUGGUUUGCAACUUUCAGUUAUAUUAGCUGUCACAAAGCAUAAGUUCUACUCGGCCUUCCGGC